UACCCGGAAUAGAGCCUGCCUGUUGUGUUUGCUGUAACUGCAGCAGGUCAGCCUAAAAACCCACGGUCCAGCUUCAUGCCUUGUUUGAACCGUUCUGAAGUGGCUCUUUCCGAAGGUCUCCCGAACCCAGUCAUUAGAGCAUUCAGCCAGGGAGAUGACCUUGUAUUGGUGACUGCGUUGCUGUGAACGAUUUCCCAAUGGGCUUGUGGAUCAGCUCCAAGAGGCCAGACGCUGUGUGGAUUGCAGUGACAGGGCCCCCUGCAGUAGGAAAGACCUCACUGAUCCAAGCUUUGCGAGGUGAGGAGGACAUACAGGAACUCUCAACAUCUCCACCCAAAUAUCAGUACGACCAUCCCAAAUAUCCAAACGUAACCUUCUGGGAAUUCAACUCAAACUACCUGAGUUGCUCCACAUUGGACCAGUAUGACAUUCUCAUAAUUGUUUCCUCAGUGGAUCAGUUUGCCUCGAAUGAUGUGAAUGUUGCCAAGGAAGCUCAGACAAAGGACAAACCCUGUUACUAUGUUCGCACCAACAUUGAUAAAGAUUCACAGCGGUGUGCAUCCACGAUUAGCUCCAUAAAUGAUCUGAAUAGAUUUCUAGACAGUAUCACCUCAGCAUGUGUUCAAUGUCUGUCAGAGAGGGGUGCACAGACCCCUACAGUUUUCCUUGUGUCUAACACCACCCCUGAGAUCUACCAGUUCUCCCUGCUCCAGGACAGUCUCGAAGAGAAGAUCGAGGAGCUCAACAGAGCCCGGGAUUGUACUGAGAGGCCUGGACUGGACCUGGCUGUUUUUGGUGAUCGCUGGUCAGGAAAAUCGUCUUUGAUCAAUGCACUACGAGGUCUUCAGACUGACGAUGAGGGAGCAGCAAAGAUUGGACAGCAGGAGUCGUGUACACAGCCUGAGGUAUACUCCUUCCCCAAAUAUUCCAAUGUCAGGAUCUGGGAACUUCCUCCCAUCAGGCCCAGUGUGCAGCCAGAACAGUAUCUGAAGGAGGUCAAUGGCAAAGAUUAUGAGAUCGUCAUUAUCAUCGCCUCUGAAAUCUUCAAGGGUCACCAUGGCCAAGUUGCAAAGACCCUUCAGGACAUGGGCAGGACGGUUUUAUUUGUCCGUAACAAGAUUGAAAGUGAUCUGGAGGCUUAUAAACUGCGUCAUGAAUCCAAUUAUAAAGAAAGCAAGUUCCUGAAGGAGAUCCGAGAGUUUUGUAUCACCUGUCUGUGCAAGGAAGGUGUUCUGAAACCCACCGUGUACAUAUUGAGUAAUCUUGACACCGAGAAGUUUCAGUUUCAUUUACUUUGGUCACAGAUUAAGAACCAUCCUGAGAUGAUCAAAGGUGACAUACUUGAUCGUGUAGACUGCACAGUACGGGACAGUCUGAAGGAGGCAUUUGAAGUGGGUGGGCUAUCUGACCUGAUCGCUCAGAUAUUGGACUUCCUGUCGAACCUGGACAAUAUGACGAUCAAUAUCGGUGUGAUCGGGGAGGCUGGUGCUGGGAAAUCCUCGCUGGUUAAUGCUCUGUGUGGUGUUUCUGAUAACCAUCCAGGAGCUGCUAAAACUGGAGCGACAGAAACCACAUUGGUCCCGACCAGUUACCCGCUCCACACGCUCAGCCAUGUUCUCCUGUGGGACCUCCCUGGGUUAGGGACCCCGAAUUUCCAACUGGAGAGUUACAGGGAGAAUGUGGGCUUCCACAGGUAUGACUUCUUCAUCAUUGUGGCUUCCGAGCGUUUCAAGGAAAGCCAUGCCAUCCUCGCCCAGUGGAUCCAGGAGAGCGGAGCCCAUUUCUACUUUGUUCGCAGCAAGAUUGACAAUGACAUCGCACGAUGUUGGAGAAACCAAGCAGCAUUGACUGACCAACACGAGGUAAAAAAUGAGAUUACCGAGGAAGCAGUGAGCUAUCUGACAGAGCGAGGAGUGCUCUCUCCUCAGGUCUUCCUCAUAUCUUGCCGUUUCUUUGAAGAUUAUGAUUCAAAGCAGCUGCAAGAGACGUUGAAAAAGGAUCUGCCCAAGUUCAGGAAGCAAGCAUUCUUGAAAAGCAUCCACCCGCUGUGUUCCAGAUUCAUUGCGAAGAGGAAGGAUUCACUGAAUGCAGACGUUUGGAAGUUAGCUCUGAUUUCGUCUUGCGCUGCAGCUGUUCCUGUCCCAGGGGUAGCCAUUGCCUGUGAUGCAGCUUUAUUGAGUAAGAAUCUGCCCUUUUAUUACAAGUGCUUUGGACUGGAUGAGGAAUCCCUCAAGAGAAUGUCAGCUGACAUUCAGAAGCCACUGCAGGAUUUGAGGACCCAAAUGCAGUCACCCCAAGUGGCACACAUAAACAUUCCCCUCCUGUACAAGUUCCUGUCCAGUGGCCCGGGAAUGGGAUUGAUGGCCGGAGAGUAUCUGAUCCGAGGGCUUCCCGUUCUUGGUCCCCUUGCUUCGGGAGGAAUUGCAUUCACAGUCUCAAAAUGGCUACUGACUGGUCUCAUCCAGGGACUGGCUGCCGAUGCUGAGCGAAUCCUGCAGUGGGUGAUCCAGUCACAGGGUGGGUAAUGGGACACAGAUGGAGGAGAGGGUCUGGGCACAUUGAGUCAGUCCAAUGUGACAGCCCUCGGUCUCUUAUAUCACACCGUCCCAGAUCACUGCUUUCUCUCUGGUUAUACUCUACUCUGGGGCAAUUCCUUUCUUUCAUUAAUGGGAUGUAGGCAUCACUGAUUAGACCAGCAUUUUAUUGUCUGUCCUUAGUUGCCCUGGAGAAGGUAGUGGUGAACUGCCUGUUUGAAACCACUCACCAUUCUGACUUGGAAAUAUAUCACCACUCCUUCACUGUCGCUGGGUCCAAAUCCUGGAAAUUCCUUUCUAAUGGCAUUGUGGCCCAAUGUGCGGCACAUGGACUGCAGUGGUUCAAGAAGGCAGCUCACCCCCACCUUUUCAAGGGGCAAAAAUGGAAAGGCUUAAAUGCUGGGCUCAGCCAGUGACAUCCAUUUGUAAUUGUCGUUCUUAUAUUACUGAAGAAGAUCCCUGUUUCACUGCGGUUUGACACCAGCACUGCAACUCAAGGCUGCCUAGUCAAAUCUUCAGAUUCUAUUUAAAUGUAGUCUUUUUCAAACAAUUAUUAACCACUCUUUCUGAAUCAACUUUGCAAACGUUAACCUGUAUUUAUUAGAAGUCUUGUGAUUGUGAGUAUGCCCAGUUGUCACAUCUGUUUCGAAUCUGAAUAUUUCUUUGUCACGUGUUUAAUAAUGUUCACUGAUGUGAUGUUUUGGUGAUGAGUCUGAAGAGGUCCAAACUGUGACUGAACUCUCAGUUCACCCGGCACUAGGGGCUAAUGUGGCUCCCAAUAUGUCAAUUGGGGUGAGUUUACAGCUUAACCAUCGGAAGGAAAGUGUGGAGAGAGAUGAUGAGAUAAUUAAAAGAGUGCAGACUGAGAAAGUAGAAUCUGCAAAGGGUGAGAGGGAGAAAGGUAUGAAAGACAUUGUCAACUUCUGUGUUAAACUGCCAUGUCCGUGUGACUCUCAUCCAAACAUCAGAACCUCAUAGACAUGAGCCUACCUCAUGGACUGACACCAGCUGUACUGUCAGAGGACACAAAAACCAGGAGUAUACCAUUCAGCCCAUUGAGUCUGCUGUACCAUUCAAUAUAGUUGUGUUUGAUUUUUCAUUGUUCCUGAGGUUAGCUCAGUUGGCUGGAUCGCUGGUUUGUAAUGCUAUAUGACACUGACACUGUGUGGGUUCAGUCCUGCACCAGCUGAGGUUACCAUUGAAGGAAUCUCCUUCUCAACCUCUCCCCUUGUCCGAGGCACAGUGACCCCCAGGUUAAACCACCGCCCAUCAUCUCUGUCUCUGUCCAUUGAGAGAGGAACCCCGUGCUGACAUUACCUUUUCUUCCCUGAGACAUCAAAACCCGUGCCUCCCUCAGCUCUGUGUGUCCAACAAAGGAGCAUGUAAAACCCUCUGCAGGAGAGAAUUCCAAAGAUUCACAACCCUUGGAAUGCAAAGUAAUUUGCACCAUAUCACAGUCUCAAAUGAUUGGCACCUUCUCCCAUGGCUGUGUUGCCAUGUUCUCGAUUCCUCAGAGUGAGGGAAACGAUGUCUCUCUGUGCAUCAUCCUGUCAAACUCCUUCAGAAUUGUACAUAGUUUCAAUGAGAUCACCUCUCAUUGCUGUAAACUCCAAAGAAUAUCUGAGAUAACAAGGUGUGGAGCUGGAUGAACGCAACGGGUCAGGCAGCAUCAGAGGAGCAGGAAAGCUGGACCCAUUUCUGCAGAAGGGUCCAGAUCCAAAACAUCAGCCUUCCUGCUCCUCUGAUGCUGCUUGGCCUGCUGUGUUCAUCCAGCUCUACGCCCUGUAAUCUCAGAUUCUCCAGCAUCUGCAGUUCCUACUAUCUCCAAAGAAUAUCAACCCAUUCACGUCACCCCAGAGAAAGUAGUGGGUCCCACCCCCACUGCUCCAGACGUGUGAACCUUCACUGUAUCAACUCCAAUGCUAGCAUAUCCUUCCCUAAAUAUGGAGAUCAAAGCUGCACACAGCAUUCCAGAUGUGGUCUCAACUAAACCUAGAACAAUUGUAGCCAGACCUGUUAAUUGCUGUACCCCAGAU